AUGUCCGGCGGGCUGGGACUCAGUUUGUGCGACUGGCUCAUUGAAAAUGGGGCCAAGUACCUGGCGCUCACAAGCAGGAAUCCCCAAGUCGUGGACGCGUGGCUGGCAGCGCACAAGAAGAAUGGUGUCACGAUACGGCUGCUUCCUUGCAACGUCACGGACGAGGCUGCUCUUCGCGCCGUCCAUGAGCGAAUCGUGGAGGAAAUGCCUCCUGUCGCCGGUGCUGUCAACGGCGCCAUGGUCCUGCGUGAUGUGUCUGUCCGAAACAUGUCCCUCGAGGACGUGCAGACUGUGAUCCGCCCCAAGAUCCUGGGAAGUAUCCACUUGGACCGCAUCUUCCACGACGUGGACCUGGACUUUUUCAUUCUCGUUUCCUCCAUCAGUGGCGUCAUUGGGACCGUGGGCCAGGCCAACUACGCCGCCGCCAACGCGGGCGUCUGCAGCCUGUCCGCGCAGCGCAGGAACCGUGGCCUCCACUCGUCCUGCAUCAACGUUGGCAUGAUCAACGGCGUGGGGUACAUCACGCAGUCCGAACGGAACCUCGACGAGGCCAUGGAGCGGCUGGCGGUGGUGCACUUGUCGGAGAGCGACUUUCGGCACAGUUUCGCCGAGGCCAUCGAGGCAGGCCAGCCAGACUCCCCCCACGGACCCGAGUUCACGCUGGGACUGCGAGAGAUCCCCCAGGACGCCGCCAACAUGCCAAAGUGGGCUCCCGAUCCCAAGUUCUCUCACUUUAUUGUACGAAGGGCCGCCGAGGAUGCAUUGUGUGCCCAACUGCGCCGGGUACUGCAGCAGUCGACCCCCAACGACGAGCUUCUCGAGAUGGACAGCACGUCGCUGGGACUCGACUCGCUCAUCUCUGUCGACAUUCGCUCCUGGUUCCUCAAGAGCUUCCAGGUCAACAUUCCCGUGCUCAAGAUCAUGGGCAACAAUGUCCAGAUGUUGAGCCUGGCCGAGCUUGCGGCCAAGAACAUCCCGGCACCCCUGACUCCGGAUGUCCAUGGCCAAGAGACAACCGCGUCGGCCCCGAGCUCCGUGAAUGAUAGCAGCGUUGGCCCGUCUACAGAGACCGGCAACACGACGCCCACUUCGACGCCGCAUUCGGAGCGGACUGCAUCGGAUAGUGCACACGGCAAAUCAGAGGGUAAGGACUAG